GUUUCUUACACCCUGACAAUUACAUCACAAUCCGGUGAUAAGCCCUAGCCGCGUCGAAACAGAGUCCUUCUCUGAGAGUAUUAUACAUUUCAGAGGAAAAGUUCAUUUCUUCUUUUUUUACUUGUGGGUUUAGAGAAAGAUGAAACCUUCUCAAAAGAGAGCUCGCAAACUCAAAACACAAUCAGCCGAAAACGCCACCGGCGAAGUUAAAGAAGCUUCCGUCACACAUCUGAACGAAUCUCCGUCCCCUGAGCCUCCUGAAACCAACCCAUCUCCGCCGCGACUCAACCGUGGGAGAGGCAAAAAGCGCAGACUGAGCAACAACCCAUCCGAAACCACCGAGCAGCAACGCGGCGGCGUAGUCAGCCAGAGGUCGUCUCUUCCUCACCACCACCACUCUGAUUGCAACAAUGCGACGACUGUUUCAGCAGCAGCAACAUCGGAAUCCACACCUGCUGCUCCGAGCUGGGAGACUGUGGUGAAAGUCGUGCCUUCCAUGGACGCUGUGGUGAAAGUCUUCUGCGUCCACACUGAUCCUAACUUCUCCCUGCCGUGGCAGAUGAAACGGCAGUACAGCUCCGGUAGUAGUGGCUUCAUAAUAGGAGGAAGAAGGGUUUUGACGAACGCACAUUCCGUUGAGCAUCAUACUCAAGUUAAGCUCAAGAAGCGUGGCUCCGACACAAAGUAUCUAGCUACAGUAUUAGCCAUUGGAACUGAAUGCGACAUUGCUUUGUUGACAGUUAGUGAUGAUGAGUUUUGGGAAGGAGUGUCUCCUGUGGAGUUUGGAGAUUUACCAGCUUUGCAAGAUGCUGUAACUGUUGUUGGUUAUCCGAUUGGUGGAGACACUAUCUCCGUCACGAGCGGUGUUGUUUCUCGGAUAGAGAUACUGUCUUAUGUACAUGGAUCGACAGAGCUUUUGGGGUUGCAGAUUGACGCGGCUAUAAACUCUGGGAACUCUGGUGGUCCUGCGUUUAACGACAAGGGAAAAUGCGUGGGGAUUGCGUUUCAGUCGUUGAAACAUGAAGAUGCUGAGAACAUUGGUUAUGUCAUACCAACGCCUGUGAUUGAACAUUUCAUUCAAGAUUAUGAGAAGCACAAUAAAUACACAGGCUUUCCUGUGAUUGGGAUUGAGUGGCAGAAGAUGGAGAAUCCAGACUUGCGUAAGAAAAUGGGAAUGGAGUCUCAUCAAAAGGGAGUGAGGAUAAGGAGAAUCGAGCCAACCGCCCCGGAGUCGCAGGUUUUGAAGCCCUCCGAUAUCAUCCUCAGCUUUGAUGGAGUUAAUAUUGCUAAUGAUGGAACUGUUCCAUUUAGGCAUGGAGAAAGAAUUGGGUUUAGCUAUCUUAUAUCUCAAAAGUACACUGGGGAUUCUGCACUUGUGAAGAUCCUGCGUAACAAAGAGAUUCUUGAGUUCAACGUAAAACUUGCAAUCCACAAGAAGCUAAUCCCUGCACACAUAAGUGGCAAACCUCCUUCCUACUUCAUCGUUGCUGGCUUUGUUUUUACAACUGUUUCUGUUCCUUAUCUUCGCUCUGAGUAUGGAAAAGAAUACGAGUAUGAUGCACCUGUCAAGCUUUUGGAGAAACAUCUUCAUGCAAUGACUCAAUCCGUGGACGAGCAACUUGUUGUAGUUUCACAGGUUCUUGUUUCUGACAUCAACAUUGGUUAUGAGGAGAUUGUCAAUACACAGGUUGUUGCUUUCAAUGGCAAACCUGUGAAAAACUUGAAAUGUUUGGCUGAGAUGGUGGAGAAUUGUGAGGAUGAAUACAUGGAGUUUAAUCUUGAUUAUCAUCAGAUUGUUGUUCUGUAAACUAAGACUGCAAAAAUGGCAACUUUAGAUAUUCUGACCACACAUUGCAUACCUUCUGCUAUGUCUGAUGAUCUCAAGACUUGAACAAGAAACCAAAACAGUAUUAGCCUUGGAAGGAGAGAGAGAUUUUGCGCCAUGGAAGCCACACAAAAGCAAAUACAGAGUCACGGAAGACAAAGAACUUUUAAAAAUCAAACCAUAUCAUUUGUCUUCUUUAGUUUUUACUUUGUUAUAAUUGGCAAAGUAUGCACUUUCAGAAUUUUAAGAAGCUUCGUGUCCCUGAUUUCUGUUUUGAA